AUGGCAGCCUUAGCGCCCGCAUUGCCGCUGACACCGGCCUCUUCAACCGCUUCUCUGCCAUAUCAUCUCACAAUCCGCUUCUCAAACUCGCUGCCAGAUCUGGACCUGGACGUCCCAUCUCCGCAGACGACAACCGUCCUCUCUCUCAAAAAUCUAAUCAGAGAGCGUCUGUCCUCACGGAAUCGCCUUCGCUUCAUCUAUCAGGGCCGCCUCCUCCCAGACGCCUCAGCCCUCAGCUCCGUUAUCAAGCCGCCUCCUCCUCCGCCAUCAUCAUCAAAAUCACAUCACAACAGCCCCAAGAGCUCCAAGGGCAAGGGUAAGGCCACAGAUCAUGGCCUGGCUCCCGUAAGAAUAUACAUCAACUGCUCCAUCGGUGAUGAGCUGUCCCCUGAAGAACUCGCUGAAGAGCAAGCUGCCGCUUCCAAGCCCCCUGAUGAAUCAAGUACAGCCCCAUCUCAUCAGACCGGACAUCCUUCAUCAUGGACUCGUCCUCGACCACGGGGCUUCGACCGCCUCCUUCAGACAGGCUUCACGCAGUCGGAAAUCGAGACGUUGCGCACGCAGUUUGCUCUGAUCCGCACAGAGGGCUUCGCACCCGACGCUAUGCCCUCGCCAGACACGCUGCGUAACAUGGAGGAUGCAUGGAUCGACAACAAUGCCGGAGGACUCCCAUCUGCGAAUGCUUCGACAGAAGAUGAUCUCAACGGAAUGUCUAAUGUGCUUGACGUGAUGAUCCGAGCCAUGUUGAUAGGCUUCUUCUUUCCGCUGGGAAGCCUUGCGUGGCUGCUUCGCUCCAAUGUAUGGAGCGAGAAGUGGCAGGUGUUUGUGGGCUCCGGAGUUGCGCUGAGUUUAACGGUUGGAAUUGUCAUGAGCCUUUCCACUAUGAACCACUGA